AAGCCGAGAUGAUGCUGGAAAACUGGGCAUCUUUGAGUCGAUCCAGAGAGUGAAUGAAUGCUUUUUCCCAGUAAGGAUAUCAGUUUGAAAAUCUGUGCUACACUGACGUAUUAUCAAAAUGAUGGAGGAAAUUGACAGAUUUCAAGUGCCACCGGUUAAUCCAGAGAUGAAGCUGCUGGAUCCUGCAGGAACAUCCACAUUGGAGGCUGACUCUAGCACGAGGGAACCAGAGUCAGUUGCUAUCAACUACAAGCCCACCCCGCUACAAGUAAAAAUAGAGAAACGUAGAGAGCUGGCAAGGAAGGGGUCGGUGAAGAACGGAACUGUGGCUAGCCCAGUCAAUCAGCAACCCAAGAAAAAUAAUGUCAUGGCCAGAACAAGGCUGGUUGUCCCUAAUAAAGGCUAUUCAUCCUUAGACCAGAGUCCAGAUGAGAAGCCUCUUGUAGCACUGGACACAGACAGUGACGAUGACUUCGAUGUGUCCAGAUAUUCAUCAUCUGGAUAUUCCUCAGCCGAGCAAAUAAACCAAGACUUAAACAUCCAGCUGCUGAAGGACGGCUACCGAUUGGACGAAAUCCCAGAUGAUGAAGAUCUGGACCUCAUCCCGCCCAAAUCUGUCAACCCCACUUGUAUUUGCUGCCAAGCCACUUCCUCCACAGCCUGUCAAAUCCAGUAACCCCUCCUUCCUCUUGAACCUCUCCCACCCUAUUUAACCCUGCGAGUUAAACUCACAGUUAGUACCCUCAGCAUAGAUUAACUACUAAAUAACUUAAAUAAACACAAUAGAAUGGGUGUUACAGUUAAUAUAAAAUAGGGAGAAAAUUGUGAAUAAAAAUGCACACAGAAAAUGUUACUGUCAUUGGUUCCUCCUAUGGUAGGAUGUGAGUCUUUGUAUCAUCACCAGAGUGCACUAGACUUAGGUGUGUGUAUAGAUGCGUUGGGGUAUGCAUGAAUGCGCAGCGCAAAAAUAAAUAAAAAGGAAGCAGCUGCUAAAAUAUCUUUUAAAAUGGAACAAGAGAACAUUUGACACUACAGAUUCGUCAAUACCAUACUUUAAUAUCCAACUUUGUUUAGCUAAUGCUUUUCCUUUUCAAAUAAAAGGGAGUGCAGAGUGACAAGGAGAAUGUGGAUCAUUUUGAUUUCCCCAUAUUUUCAAAUGGAUGUAUUAUUAUUGUAUGAGUAGCUCUGCUGCAAACAUAUCCAUACAUAAAACAUCUGCUAAGAUACUCACAGCAUAUGUAAUUGUCUUGUCAGGGAAUGUCAUUUAAAUAGUUGUUUUUUUUACAUUGUUGCUUGUUGUUUUUUGGCUUACACAAUGAAUACCAAGCCGCAACGGUUAUACAUAUAUAAUAAAAUGAGACAUUUCUGAAAGCUUUUUAUUUAGAAUUGUUGUAAUGUAUUAGGGGAAAAAGGCUUGAUUUGAUUUACUUCAAAUUAGUCAUAAAAAGUGCUGUAAGAUACCGUAAAUCUCCCAUAGACCCUUGGUAUUAAGAUCACAAGUAUGAACCGAUCACAAGUGGUCAGCGCUAAAAACAGGUCUAAACGGUGUAUAAAAUGUUUUGUGAUCAGAUCACAAAAACAACAUACGAAGGUAGUCAAAAACACAUGUGACGGUAGUCAAAAAUGCAUGUGACCACAUCGCAUUUGAGGUGUUAACGCUUAUCCGUCCUGAAUUUGUCCCGGACAGGAGUGAAGCACAACCCUUCACCUCUCAAUCAACUGCUGUGCUUAAACAAGUGUUUAAACUUUACUGGUUAUGAGCGGCUUUAAAAGAAAAUAACUGUCAGGUUGUAAAAUUUAAAAAAGCGAUACAUACACAAACACGAGACCUUAAAGGUGCCCUAAGCGAUUUUAGUGUUCUGAAGCUUUCACGUGAUUGAGCAGUUGAAUUAGCCAUGGACCCUCAUUCAAAAACCCCGCCCUCCAAAAGAUAAUUUUGUGAGACAGACAUUCUGGCUGUCAAAUUCAACAGUAGCACAAUAGCGCCCUCAACUAACAAACAUUAUGAAUCAUAGCCUCAAUGAUCCACUUCAGAUUCAACACUAUGAGAACGAGAAAAAUGUCAAUGUCCGCAGACACAUUUCUGUUUGCUGUUUACAAAUUCUACAGCUGUCACAGCAUAUCUCGGUGAGAUAUCUCAGGACACUUAUUUCAUAAUAUAUUUAAGGGAGUAGGAAAAAGUUUUUGUAUACUUUUCCAUAAAACAAUUCGCUUGCAGCACCUUUAAAAAUGUUAUGUCAUCACAGAUGAAAAGCAUGAAUACCUGAAGCUCCUUCAAUACAGGUAAUCCAGUAAAAACCGGAUAAUUCUGCUUGAAAGGUUGUGUUUGUGUUUAGAUAAAAUUUCAGAUUCAUCAGGAAGUAACCGUGCACAGUUUUUAUUGGGCUUCCUUUUGUUUUUUCUCAAUUUUUUGUGGUUUAUAAUCAUGCAUUAACACGCUGACAUAGUGAUUGAUGUACAGUUGAAGCCAGAAGUUUACAUAUACCUUAGGCAAAUACAUUUAAAUUCAGUUUUUCACAAUUCCUGACAUGUAAUCGGAGAAAACAUUCCCUGUCUUAGGUCAGUUAGGAUCACUAUUUUAAGAAUGUGAAAUGUCAGAAUAAUAGCUUUUCUUUCUUUCAUCACAUUCCCAGUGGGUCAGAAGUUUACAUACACUUUGUUAAUAUUUGGUAGCAUUAGCUUGAAACUGUUUAACUUUGGUCAAACAUUUUGGGAAGCCUUCCACAAGCUUCUCACAAAAAGUUGCUGGAAUUUUGGCCCAUUCCUCCAGACGGAACUGGUGUAACUGAGUCAGGUUUGUAGGCCUCCUUGCUCGCACAUGCUUUUUCUGUUCUCCCCACAAAUUUUCUAUCAUAUUGAGGUCAGGGCUUUGUGAUGGCCUCUCCAGUACCUUGACUUUGUUGUCCUUAAGCCAUUUUGCCACAACUUUGGAGGUAUGCUUGGGUUCAUUGUCCAUUUGGAAGACCCAUUUGCUACUUAGCUUUAACUUCCUGGCUGAUGUCUUGAGAUGUUACUUCAAUAUAUCCACAUAAUUUUCCUUCCUCAUAAUGCCAUCUGUUUUGUGAAGUGCACCAGUCCCUCCUGCAGCAAAGAACCCCCACAACAUGAUGCUGCCACCCCCAUGCUUCAUGGUUGGGAUGGGGAUCUUCAACUUGCAAGCCUCAUCCUUUUUUUUUUGUUUCAUUAGACCAGGUGACAUUUCUUAUCUUUGUCCUCAUGUGCACUUGCAAACUGUAGUCUGGCUUUUUUAUGGCAGUUUUGGAGCGGUGGCUUCUACCUUGCUGAGCAGCCUUUCAGGUUAUGUCAAUAUAGGACUUGUUUUACUGUGGAUAUAGAUACUUGUCUUCCUGUUUCCUCCAGCAUCUUCACAAGGUCCUUUGCUGUUGUUCUGGGAUUGAUUUGCACUUUUCGCACCAAACUACCUUCAUCUCUAGGAGACAGAAUGUGUCUCCUUCCUGAGCGGUAUGAUGGCUGCAUGGUCCCAUGUUGUUUAUACAUUCAUGAUGAACGUGGUACUUUCAGCUGUUUGGAAAUUGUUCCCAAGGAUGAACCAGAUUUGUUGAGGUCCACAAUUUUUUUCCUGAGGUGCUGGUUUCUUUUGAUUUUCCUAUGAUGUCAAGCAAAGAGGCAUUGAGUUUGAAGGUAGGCCUUAAAAUACAUCCACAGGUAUACCUAUAGAAUUUUCCAAGCUGCUUAAAGGCACAGUUAACUUCUGACCCACUGUAAUUGUGAUAUAGUCAAUUAAAAGUGAUACAAUCUGUCUGUAAACAGUUGUUGGAAAAAUUACUCGUGCCAUGCACAAAGUAGAUGUCCUAAACGGCUUGACAAAACUUGUCUGCUAAUAUAAAAAAAUGUGGUUAAAAAAUGUGUUUUAAUGACUUCAACCUAAGUGUUUGUAAACUUCUGACUUCAACUGUAUGUCUCUAUGAAAUCAGAGAUCCUCCCCUUGAAAUCCGAAUAGAUGUGGUCACAGUAGACGCAUUUAAGGUGUAAAUAGCAAUGUGUCUCACCUGACCAAGUGAUCGGAUCACCCCAGGAAGCAUCUUAAUAACAGGUGUCAACGGGGUCAUAAUCUCAAAAUCAUCAAGUGGAGAGAAGUGCUACAGAUUUUGUUUAUCUGAUUUGUGCCAAAAUGCAUAAAAUUUAGUUUUUAUUUUAUUUUGAAAGAGAGAUUGACUAAGGAAAGCUUUUGGCCAGCAUUUAUAAAUGACGUCAGAAGUCAAUUUUACACUCAUUCGGUUUGCUCUUUAAUGUUUUCAUCUUUACAGCUACUUUAAAUUGCAUUACUAUUCUGCCAGAAAAUAGGAUUCUCUGUUCACUUGCUGCUCUUAUUUGAUGGCUUUUUUAAGAAACUCCUCAAACACACUUCUUUUAGUUGCUUUGUGUCAAUGGCCAAAUCACUAAAAUGUAUUUUAAGCACCUGUUCUUGUGUGUGCAACAGUGAGUGAUGUUUUCCAUAGUAUUUGUGUCCUCUCUCAUGCAAUUUUGAAAUGUAUUUUUUAAAGAUUUCAGAGCAUCUGAUCAUCUAAUGUGCAAGUCGCCACCUCAUUGCCACUUCCAAUUGUAAUUAUAUGCCCCUUACACAAGUUCCUGCAAUAGUAGUGCUCCAGUUUUCAGUUGAUGUACUACAUUAUGAGAAUUAAUGAAAGGGAAAUCACAAUGUAAUAAUAUAAUAAACUAAUAUUUAUCUUUUUUAAAAAGCAAGAUUAUGAAAGGCCCGUAUGAUGACACUAACCUGGGAAACGUCGUAUUUAUAUAGGUCUUUACUGAAUGCAGAACACAACAAUGUUGAAGGGAUAGUAUAUCCAAAAAUGAUUUACUCAACCUUCAUGUUGUUCUAAACCUGUAUGACUUACUUUCCUCCGUGGAACACAAAAGGAGAUGUUAGGCUGAAUCGUUAGCCUCAGAUACCAUUCACUUUCAUUGUAUCUUUUAUCCUUGUAUUGAACGUGAAUGGUGACUGAGUAACAUUUCCUUUUGUGUUCUACAGAAGAAAGUACGUCAUAUGAGUUUAGAACAACAUGUGUGUGAGUAAACAGUAAAAUAAUGUUAGUUUCUGUUUGAACUAUCCCUUUAACUAUCUGUGAUGUUUUCAUUGCUGUAUUGAUAUGCUGGCAAAAAUGUCAUACUACAUUGCCAUAGAUCUUAUUGUAGCAAUAGAUAACCAAUGCCUGUUCUAUAAGCUCACCACAUCGAUAUGAAUGUGGAGAAUUUGAAAGCAAGUUCUCUAAUGCCUCUUACCUGGCAUUUUAACUCUCUUUCAUGGUACUUAUAGAUGUGCCAUAGGACUAACUUAUUCCUGCAUCUGUGUAUGUGUUGAAUAAGUAUGUCCAAUAUUGCAACACUGUAUCUUGUUUGGGUGAAGAUAAACACUCCAUUGUGUAACAUCAUUCUCCACUCUGUUACUUCACUGAAUUUGCUAUACAGUGUGUCGUGUUAUUUAUUGCCAGUCAUAUUUUUUUAAUUUAUUGAUAUCAAUGGGAUUUUUUUAACUUGCAUUUUUUAUUUUCUGUCCUAUGUUUUAUUUGCCCUUCUGUCUAUAAAUAUGAUUGUAAAAGACAUAAACCAGUUUCCAUACCAGUAUUUAACAAUGUUAUUGUUCUGUGUAGUGAAGCAUAUCAGUAAAAACAUCUGGAA